CAUGAAGUGCCUCGGAACGAAGUAUGCGUGAUCCUUGUUUCCGCAUCGGCGUGAGAUCGGCGAACAAUGAAAGGGCAAAAGUUUGAAUGAAUUAUCUGUAAAAUCACGAUUACAAUGUGGGUUGCAAGGCGAUUUAUGUCUUUGAUCGCCCGGAGAGGGCAGUAUGGCUUAUUCUACCAACCCCAGGGCUCACUCCCCAAACUAGAAUUCCGGUAUCUCAACUGCACGUGCUGCUGGAGGAGUCGGAUCCCAGUCGCAGGCUUUGAAACCCUUAAUGACACCCUCUCUUCAUCUACUACUCCUUGCGACGACAAGUCGCUGGACGCAUACUACACGUCAGAGCAGCGAGGUGUCAUUCUGCAGCUCCUCAACAAUGCGGCAGAGUCGGAGCUUGCUGCUGUCAAGCUCCUUCGUGGCCGCAAGUCUGUCAACAUUGUGGAAUACAGGACUAGAAAUGGACCUUUUAAAAAUCUCGAAAGCGUCACAAAUGUGCCGCUUCUGAAACACAAAAGUGCAGUCAUUGUCUUCAACUCCAUCCUCAACCCUCCGGAGAAGAAGGAGAAAAGAAAAGUAAAGAUCCAGCUAGCCAAGUUCAUCAGACCAGAGGUGGAAAGGACCUGGCUAGAGGAAGCAAAUUCCAUAGUGUCCAUUGUGUGUGGAGUGAAUAAAAUAGCCUGGGCGCACAUGGAUCGUGGCAUGAACGUGUUGGAGUGGAAACAUGAGGAUUGCCACAACUUUCUGAAGGGAACCUACAUGGCUUCUGCCUACUUGGAUGACAUAUCCAGUGUGGUAUCCCACCUCCCCACAGCUGACUUCUUCGUUGUGGAAAAGACAUCCAUCUCCCUUCAGAACACUGCCCUGUACCCAGUAAUGGCUCACAUGCGUACAGUGGAGGCUAUGCUGUUCGCCCUGCUGGAGCCCCGCUACACCCAGCCUGACAACACUGCUCCACCCAAGGUGCUCAACAUGAUGCGCACCGCCGUCGGCCGCCAUUUUGGCCUCAUGGUGGGUGACUCCCGCACCAGCGGGGCCCAGGCGAUGCAACAGAUGAUGACGGAGUCAGUGACUCAGAAGAUUCCGAGGGUGACAUUCCCUCACAACCUGUUGGUGAAAUACAGGAAUUCCUUCCAGAUGGGCGGGCGGAGUCGGGGGGAGGAGCUGUGUGAUGCCAUGUUGCAGGCUGUGGCGUUUUACGAGCUGCUCAGUGAAUCGAGUUAAUGUUACAGCGACAAUUUCCACGCUCCAUUUUCACCAGACUGAAACUAGUUGACUGUGUACAGUAUGUGUGACCUGGUGGUGUCGAAGUUCAGAGCUAACCAGAGACCUGCAUAUUGGAGGCUUGAUGGAAAUUGACACUAGCUUAUAUUUAAAAUGUAUACUACAACACUUCCCACCUGUAGAGUCAGAUGGUUUUGCACUUGAGGUGUCAGUUCAGGCCCCAGCAGCUGUACUCAAGCCUUUCCUCGUACAGACACCACACAUCAGGCUUUCUUCACUUUCCCAUGAAUAGAAAUGUUCUCAGGGCCACCAGUAAAGCCGAACAGGCUUGAAUAUGUACAGUGAUGAUUUGUCAUGUGUGACCACCUACAUCUGUACCUUUGUGGGCAAAUGUUUAAUGAAAUACCUGAUGCCUGAAAUACCACUGAUUUUAAACACCAACUCACUGAACCAGCUUAAAAUAAAAAGUAACAUGUUUUUAUUUUUACGCAUGAAUAGGAUUAUUUCAAUUAUACAUUUUGAAUGAAUACAGUAAACUUAAAUUUACCAUUCAGUGUAAGAAAAAAUAAGUGUAUAGCAAAAUAUAUCAUGAACAUCCAUAUUGCCUACAUUCACUAAAUCACAAGUCAUUAACAUGGGGAGAGAUGAUGGCAUUAACCUUCCUGUCAUCCAGUGUAGAGCCAGAAAUGUUGCAGAUCUGUUUGUGUAGUCUUGCUGGCUUAAAUGGUCAUUGUCAUGGGAAGUCAUCUGCAAGGAGUCUUACAGUAGCCUUAGGGAGGCCAAGGUGAAUACUGCUGAGGUAAUGCAGAAACAGCAUUCAUAAGUCAUCUUGCGCAAUCCUUUUAAUUCUAACUUUGUUUUCUCUUAGUAGAAAUGAAUAAGGUGCUCUCAUGCAGUGUAUUGACUCACCGGCCUUGGCCCUGCUGAGUUCUCUCCGAUUGGCACAUGGUGCGGAGGACAGGCAGGUAGUCCACGGCAACAGCCUGCUUGUUUCCCAAGGUGCAGAAGGCUUUGCUUGAGAGGACGGUUCUGAUGAUGUCAUAUCUCCUUUCGACCACACUGGAAGACAAACUGCUGUUGAGAUACCACACUGACUCAAUGGAACUGGAGCUUUACAAUGAGAGUUCUAUUAAGUUUAAUCUUAUAUCAAGGUUUUGUUUGUAAUAAUGCUAAUUUCUGACAACAUUAAACUUGAGUACUAACUUCA